AUGGAAAAUGAAUCAUUCAACCCUUUAUCCCUGUUAGACAAAAACCAGCCAUUUGACGCGGAGAAAUUGAAGCUAUUAGACAAUGUAGUUGAAGCUCUUUUAGACACGAAAGACAAAAAUCGAAGAGAUUUCGCACAGAAUUUGUUGAAUCAAUUUAAGAUGUUAGACAACUCUUGGAGAUCUGUAUCUAUCAUACUAGAACAUAGUGAAAAUGUGAAUACAAAAUUCUAUGGGUUACAGAUAUUAGAAGAAUGUAUAAAUAAUAAAUGGAAUAUAUUACCAGCUGAAGAAAGAGAGGGAAUGAAAAAUUUUAUUGCAUGCUAUACUAUAACACUCUCAACAGAGGGUACAACAGUAGGAGUGGAUAGACAUUUGUUAAACAAAUUGGAUGAAACUUUAAUUCAAAUUGUGAAAAAGGAGUGGCCAGAUUCCUGGUCUAGUUUUAUUCCAGAUAUAGUAAAUUCAGCAAAAUUAAAUCAAAAUGUAUGUGAGAAUAAUAUGAAAUUAUUAAAUAUGCUAAGUGAAGAAGUAUUUGAGUUUGGGAAUGAAACAUUAGUAAAAAAAAAAAAAGAAAAAUUAAGAAAUGAAUAUGCAAGUCAAUUUCAAGAAGUAUACAAUUUAUGUUUAUACAUUUUAGAAGCAAAUGUGUAUAAUAAAAGGAAUACCAACACGUCACUAAUUAAACAAACAUUAAAUUGUUUAUCUAAUUUUUUUAAAUGGAUUCCAUUAACAUACAUUUUUGACAAAUACAAAUUUAAUGAUACAAAUAUACAAAUUAUUGAUCUAUUAUUUGAUCAUUUUUGGGAUGAUAUUUCGUACAAAAUUGAAUGCGUUAAAUGCAUACAAGAAAUAGUUAUGUUAAAAAUUGAUGAAAAGAAUAUUAUCUAUUUUGAUAAUGUGUUUAUCAAUUUAUGGUCUAAAUUAGUUAGCAAAAUUAAAUUACUGCCAAAUGCUAAUGAAAUGAAAAAUAUUCCACCUGAAUUGAAAAUAUUUUGGGAACAAUACUUUUUGCAGUUAAGUAUAUGUAUAACUAGUUUUUUACGAAAUUAUAGAGAAAAAAUUGUAGAAAAAAAUAAUAAUACGAAUGAUGUUAAUAUCGUUUUUAAAUUUUUAAAUAUGCUAGCUAAUAGCAAUAUGGAGGAAGUUUUUCUUAUAAUUAUUGAUUAUUAUAAUAUUUUCACUGAACAGUUAAUAAGAGAAUUAAUAACAAGAUUAGAACAAGAACACAAUUUAAAAAAUAAAGUUGGUGCUAACGUGUCAAAUGAUAUUAAUAAUUCCAUAGCUACACAAUCUAUGGGUAUUCCCAUAAAUUUAGAAUCAUCUUCAUUAAGUAAUAGAAAAGCUUACAGCUUUGCAACUAUGAAUAAUGAUUCAAGCUUAAUCACAAACAGUGGUAGCAAUGGUAGUAGUAUAAUAAAUAUCAAUGAAUACUCAUCCAUUUUGGAUAAAAUUGAUUUAACACCAGCGGACAUUAAAAAAAUGUGCCCAAGAAUUAAGUUAUACGAAUUUAUCUUAAAUGAUAUAAGAAAAACAGUUAUAGAAAAAAUGGCGAAACCGCAGGAAAUAUACAUUUCUUAUGAUAAUGAAACGGGAGAAGUGGUUAGAGAUUUUGAACCAGACACAACAGAAAUUUCUUUGUACAAUACUAUGAAAACGACAUUGGUAUAUUUAACAUAUUUGGGUUCAGAAAAGACGAUGGAACUGAUUGUAGAGCUAUUGAAUAAAGAAUCAGAAAAAUCGUUAAAGAAUACAAACAAAAAUGAAAUAUGGAAUAGCACAAAAACUAACAGAAUAAGUUACGCAGUUGGUUCAAUUUCUAUGUGUAUGACUCUUAAAAAAGAACAAGACUUUUUAAUGUAUAUAUUGAGAAUAUAUUUACAUAUGAUUGAGGUAAAAAAUGGAGAAGAAAAUAGAGCUAUUUUAGCAUCUUGUGUUAUGUACAUUGUAAGUCAAUAUCAUCGAUUUUUAAAACUUCAUUGGAGAUUUCUAAAAACUGUUAUGAAAAAAUUAUUUGAAUUCGCAGAAAAUGAAAAGGUACAAGAUAUGGCAGCAGAAACGAUUUUAAAAAUUUGUAAGCAAUGUAAAAAUGUCAUAGCGAAAAAUAAUCAUACCAAUGAUAAUAAUGAAUCCUUUUUUAGUACAUUUAUAAAAUUUCAUAAUAAUAUAAUGCAUAAAUUACCGGAAAAAUUAAAUCUUUUACUUUAUGAAGCCAUUGCCCAUGUUAUAUCUUGUUUCCCCUAUGAAGAAAAACAAGAGAGCAUAAAAAUUUUGAUGAGUAAAUUAAUGGAUUUAUGGAAUUCGUUAAUUUACACGAAUAAUGGAAUUAAGGAUAUGAAUGACCCCAAUCUUUUAAAUAAUAACACAUCUAAUGGGAAUGCUAUUAAUGAUAUGAAAGUGUUGGAGCACUUGUGUACUUAUGAAAAUUCCAAACUGAUUAUUACUUUUGUGAGAGUUAAUUGUAGAUUGGCAUAUGCAUUGUCUUAUUUUUAUUAUGAACAAUUAAAUUUAGUUUUUCUGGAUUUUUUAAAGAUUUAUCAAUUGUACAGUAAGUUCAUAAAUUUGGAAGUAGAAACGAAUGGGACUAAACGAAUUAAGCAUGCUCAGUUCAGGAAUUUGUUUUUAAUGAAAAGAGAAUUUUUACAUCUGAUAGAAACCACCAUAGAAAGGAGUUGUUACAAUAUACAAGAGUUAGAAGCGGAGUUAUUAAAAAAGGAACAGAAAAAAAUGAAAAACGAAAUUGACGAAUCAACAGAUGUACAUUUACCAACAGUGGAAGAAGCCAAACAAAUUAAUUUCCAAAUGACCAGUAAUAUAUUAAAUGUGUUACUUGAAACCAUUUUGGUAGAUUAUCGAGAUAGCAAUCCUCAUAUAAAAGACGCAGAAGUAUUUUCAUUAUUAUCUACUGUUUUUAAAAAAAUUGAAAAUGUGACAUGCCCAAUUUUACCAACUGUGCUAAACUAUGUAUUAUUACCAACCAUUGACAUGAUAAAAAAUGAUUUUUCAUCAUAUCCAGAACAUAGAGAAAAAUUUUAUAAUUUCUUAGAUGCGUGUGUUAGACACUGUUUUGACUAUUUAUUUACCCUAGAUUCGGAAAUAUUUAAUACCUUUAUUCAAUCCCUUUUAUGGGCCAUUAAACAUGAACAUCCUUCAGUUGCAGAUCACGGAUUGAGGAUAACACAUCAAUUUCUCCAUAACAUUAUUAUAAAGAAAAAAGAAUAUUUGGAAGAAUUUUGCAAAGCUUUUUACUAUAUCAUAUUGAACGAAGUGUUCAAAACCUUAACAGAUUCGUUUCACAAAUCUGGAUUUCAUUACCAGACAAUUAUUCUUAUGAACAUGCUACGCCUGUUAGAAUUUGAAGUGGUGAAUAUUCCCGAGGCAGAAAUAACCAAGCCUCAUAUAAUAAAGCAUGUGCAAACAUUCUUAACUCAAUCUUUUGAAAAUUUAAACCAGAAACAAAUUGAAACUUUUUCUGUGGAUUUAUUUAAUUUUUGUGUAGAAUCACCAUCAGCAUUCAGAGGGUUCGUGCGUGACCUGUUGAUAUCACUGAAGGAAUUUUCGACAAACCUGGAUGAGCUUUACGAGGCCGAUCGACAGGAAGCGCUCCAAAGGGCCAAGUUAGCUGAAGAUAAUAAACUUAUAAAGUUAAGAGGAUUAAUGAAAGAGGAUGUACCAACCUUCUCGGCUAUCGACGUGGAUGACGAAUGCAUAAACGUAGAAUAG